AUGGGCUCCGAGAAGAAAACCGAUGACAUCGGACCAGCGCUGCUUCCUCCCGAGAAGGCAAAGACGGAAGAAUUCAUGAGAAACAAAUACACCAAACAACUGACGAUGGUGGUUCUUGUUCAAGGCCCGAUCAUUGGAUGGGCUCUCUAUUUCAUCAACAAAGCGUUGCUCUCGGAGGAAUCUCAAGCAAUUAUGGACGCAAAAUUCGAUUUUUUACAGGACUAUGACUUACAUUAUCUUUAUAUUGCAAUCUUCAUGGCCUAUGUGUCCAAGCUCCCGUUGAUAGUGAAUGCCAACGGUUCCCGUUCUCCAGCUCGCGUCGAUCGCCCUGACCAGCACAUUUAUCAGGUGGUGGGUACGAAACAAUUGGUUUUGAUGGCUACUGAUGGUGUCUAUGGACGCUUCAAUAGGGCACAGCGAGGAAGCAUGAAUAUGGACGAAUCGCUGGCCCAAUUCCUUACAAAUACACUUCUCGUUGCCCCCAUCCUCGGCACCAUUGCUUGCUAUUUCCUUCUCCCGAUGUAUGCAUAUGGACGCAUCAGCUUUGCUCAUGCCUACAAAGUGGACAAAAAAACACGGACACACGGAUUCUUGUUUUCGAUGAUUGCUGAACAUGGAAUGGGAGCGCUGGUUGGCCUCAUUGCAAUCAAAGCUACAUUUGGAGGUGCCAUUCCAGUUUGA